UACGCAAGUUUCAUGCCCAUUCCGCGCAAUUGCUUUGGGGGCGCUGAUGUUCACAAAAGAGAAUAACUUGAGAGGUUUUUUUUUGCAAUUUUUGUGCGUGUGCUUUUGAAUUUUCCUCAAUUUUCCAGUAAAUUAGUGAAUAUCACUGCCAAAGUGCUUCUGAAUACCCUACCCCGCUAUCCUGGGAGCGCGAUGAGUGGGUGAGAGGAAAAUCUCAAGAGGAUUUGCAGAAGAACCACACCUGCAGCUCGGGGACAUUUGGACGGGGAAGACUAAGGGUGCAGCAGGAUGAGUGAUUUGGUUGUGAAGUACGUUGGAGGCGAUGAGGAUCAGGCUGAAAAUUACGACGGAAUUCCGCUUUGCUUCUGCAAAAAACGUCAUACGCAGAUGAUCCAGGGAGUGGAAUGUACAGCUCAGAGCUGGAGGAUGAAGGAGAGGAUGAAAACAGUCAGUGUGGCCCUGGUGCUGUGCCUCAAUGUUGGCGUCGAUCCACCGGAUGUGGUGAAGAUCCAACCAUGCUCACGCCUCGAAUGUUGGAUUGAUCCGUCAUCGGUGAGCCCGCAGAAGGCGCUGGAGAUGAUUGGGUCGAAUUUGCAGAAGCAGUAUGAGCGAUGGCAACCACGUGCGCGGUACAAGCAGUCCUUGGAUCCCACAGUGGAGGAUGUGAAGAAGCUGUGUACGUCCUUGCGGAAGAAUGCAAAGGAGGAGCGCGUGCUGUUUCACUACAAUGGACACGGUGUACCCCGGCCGACGGUUAAUGGGGAGAUUUGGGUGUUCAAUCGCACCUACACGCAAUACAUCCCGCUCUCAAUCUACGACCUACAAACGUGGAUGGGAGCCCCCUCAAUCUACGUGUACGACUGCUCCAAUGCCGGCAUCAUUGUUAACUCCUUCAACACAUUCGCCGAUCAGCACGAACGGGAGAUGGAGCAGAUGCACGCCCAAGCGGGUGGAAUGCGAAAUUCCCCACCUGUGCAGAGCCCGUCGUACAAGAAUUGCAUCCAAUUGGCAGCAUGUGCGGCGAAUGAAAUUCUCCCCAUGAACCCCCAACUUCCGGCUGAUCUCUUCACGGCAUGCCUCACAACACCCAUUAAGGUGGCUCUGAAGUGGUUCACAUUGCAACCAACGGCAAAGCUCGUGCCGCAUGUGAGCUACGAUCUCAUUGAGAAGAUCCCGGGGCAGCUGAAUGAUCGCCGCACAAUGCUGGGUGAACUGAAUUGGAUCUUCACAGCCAUCACUGACACAAUUGCAUGGAACACACUACCGCGUGAUUUAUUCCAGAAGCUCUUCCGGCAGGAUCUCCUCGUUGCCAGUCUCUUCCGUAAUUUCUUGCUCGCCGAACGCAUCCUUCGCUCAUACGACUGCACCCCCAUCUCCAAUCCGCCUCUCCUCCAGGGCUUCCGGCAUCCCAUGUGGGCAGCCUGGGAUCUCGCCCUGGACUUGGCACUGUCCCAAUUGCCGGGCAUCCUGAAGCGCGGGGAACCCUUCCAGCAUUCGCCAUUCUUCGAGGAACAACUCACGGCGUUCCAGGUGUGGCUGGAUCGGGGCUCCGAGGAGCGCAAUCCCCCGGAACAGUUGCCAAUUGUACUGCAGGUGCUCCUGUCGCAGGUGCACCGUUUGCGUGCCUUAGAGCUACUUGGGCGCUUCCUGGAUUUGGGGCCGUGGGCCGUCAAUCUCGCCCUCAGCGUCGGAAUCUUCCCAUACGUCCUCAAGUUGCUCCAGAGCUCUGCCAAGGAGCUACGACCACUCCUUGUGUUCAUUUGGACCAAAAUCCUCGCUGUCGACAGUACUUGUCAGGUUGAUUUGGUUCGUGAUCAGGGCCACAAGUACUUCCUGUCUGUUCUGCAGGAUUCCACAAUUUCAGCUGAAUAUCGUACACAAUCGGCUUUCGUACUUGCCUGCAUCGUCCACAAUUACCCACAGGGGCAGAAUUAUGCCCUCCAGGGGUCCCUCGUGUCAAUCUGCCUCCUCCAGAUAUGCGAUGCAAACUGGAUGCUGCGGCAAUGGUUGGCAAUUUGUUUGGGGCAAUUGUGGCAGGACUACGACAAGGCACGUUGGUCAGGAGUGCGGGAUUUAGCGCACGAAAAACUCCAACCAUUGCUCGUGGAUCCCGUUCCGGAGGUUCGUACGGCGGCUGUUUUUGCUCUUGGAACAUUUAUAAGUUCCGUGAAGAAGCGAUCGGAUCACGCGAAUAACAUUGACAGAUCAAUUGCAACAACUCUCCUCACAACGUGUGGCAAUGAUAUGUCGCCAUUGGUACGGAUGGAACUUGUGGCGGCACUCCAGUGGAUGGUGUUGCUGUUCCAGAAACAAUUCACUGGUGUCUUCCUGCAGGAGCCGUCGUCACACAAUCAAACACACAGCCUGGAAAGGAAUGUGAACAUGAAGCGUGUCUCCAGCUCAAGUAGUAUCAUGUCAAUGGGUGUGUCCUCCAUGACGAGCUACGGCGCAUCAGGGACGAUUAGUCUUGUGGGCUUUGGCUCGAUCUACAUGAAGCUGUGGCAGAGUUUCACUCAAUUGGCGCGAGAUCCGUACCCGAAGGUGGCAGCAAUGGCGCAGAAGGUGAUUGACUUUGUGCGCAAUCAUGCUGUUGUGGAGAUUGAGGCGAAGGAGGCAACGUCCGAGAAGUUCAGCUAUAGCCUCCCGCCGAGCCCCAAUACGCGCGUCAACUACCUAGACAGCUCGUCGCCGCGACAACUGCCGAAUGGCAUCGCCACACCCAAUGCCACUCAGUAUCUAUCCACUGGCUCCGGGCAGUCUCAGGGCACACCACCGACAUCCUCACCGGAUUCACGGACAGGCCUCAGGGGGGCGGCUAAUCACUCACGCAGUAGCAACAAUGGGCGUUCGCUUCACAGUCGGAUCUCAGAGGAUGGGGAAUCAACGAGUUCUCAGGAGGAACGAACGCUGAUCCCAAUUGUAACAACGGACUUUAUUCCAUGGGCUGUGAGUCAAUUCUCGCGUCCAACACGACGAACGGCCCUCGGGGCGGAUAUCACGGAGGACGAUGAUGCAAUGUACGAUCGCGAUGCCCCAGAAUAUCUGGAACGUGUACGACGAUUUAAGCGCAAUGUGAAAUUGCGUCGUGAAGCGAGUGAGCAGCAGAGUCGUGUGCCAUUCCUGCGGAUGGAGAAUCAAAUUUGGAUCUGCCGAACGCCGCAUACGCCGAAAAUUGUCAAAUUCCAUCCGUAUGAACCGCAAAUUGCAGCUGCAUUCAGGGAGCGGGUCACAAUACACGACUGGCGGACACAGACGAUGCACUCGUAUGUGCCGGAUGUGCAGCAGCAGGCACAGCGACAGCCAGCAUUUGGGGGUAUGGCGACACAGUCACGGUAUGCACGGGUGACGAGCCUUGAGUUUAUCAAUGCGCACGAUCGGUCGCUAGUUCUGGUGGGCUAUGAGGAUGGAUGUGUGAGAUUGUGGCGGCCGCCAGAGGGUGAGGCGGACGAACCGCGACUUGUGACAGCGUGGAGGGCUCUUCCGGUGGAUGCGGCAACGGGGCAGCAUUCCAAGGCUGUGGGUGCUGUGGGUCUCGUGACGUCGUGGCAGCAGAACUAUCAGACGCUCGUGGCUGCGGGGGAUUUCAAGUACAUUCGGCUGUGGGACACGGAGAGGGAGCUCAAAAUGGGUGAUAUUGCAACGGAUACGGAUUCACCGGUGCGAACGCUCUCAAGUGCACCAAAUGGCAUCAUUGCAGCGGGUUGCAUGGAUGGGAGUGUGCGACUCUUCGAUAAACGAUGCUCCCCGCAGGUUUUGACCACCUACAUGGAGCACACGGCGCCCAUUUUGGAUGUCUGCCUCAGGGAUGAUUGUGAAAAUGUGAUCUCCGGAUGCUCUCAAGGAAACAUUCGUUGCUUCGAUAUACGACGGAAUAUGUCCAUUCAACGAUGGGAUACAGGAUCAAAUGUCACAGCAAUUACAAUUCAUCCAAAGGGCGACAUUGUGGCGUGUGGUGGCCAAUGUAUCAACACGUACGGCCUGGAUGGACGAAAUUUGGGUACAAUUCGCAGCUACGAGGGUUUCAUGGCAUCCAAAAUCGGGCAAACAUCCUGCCUGGCUUUCCACCCGUUCCGCGUAAGUCUCGCCGUGGGUAGUGUUGACAACGUUGUGGCUGUCUACAGAGAUGAAAAUCGACGAUACUGAAGAGGACGCGGUGAGCUUUUCAAGGAAUUCUUCUAUUUGCCUGGAAUUUUAUUUUAUUUUUGCGUAUCGUGAAAAACAUUGAAUCAGGGAGCAAUUUAAAAGGGUUUCAAGCACGAAUGCUCCAAAAAAAACUUCUCUGCAAAAAAAAAUCAUGAGAUUAAUCUUUGCAAAGUGAAAAAGAAAUAAGAGUAACUGUGAGACAAUUUGCUAUGCUAAUUCCCUGGCAAAUGCAGAGAAAAAAUCACAUAUUGAUGGCUUUACAUUUUUUUUUGCUGAAUCAAUAUUAAUAUAAUAUAUAUUUUUGAAGUUAAAAAAAAGUUUAAAAACAUUGUGAGAGUGUAAAAAGUUUAUUUUCUUUAUUUUUUUAAAUGAUGUAUGUAAAAAAUCAAGCUUUCCUAAGACACUUAAUUUGUAUGCGUUAGAUUUAAAAGAAAAAUAAUAAGAAAAAAGUGAAAUAACGGGUUUAAAACGAGAAAUUCUAACUUGGAUAAAGUGAUGAAUUUAUCUCGUCACUAUUAAGGCAAAAAAAAGUAGUGUAAAAAGAUGAAUAAUAUUUUAUCCUAUAAGAAAAUGCGUUUAUUGCGAGAAAGGAGAAGUUUUAUCUCUCAACAAAAAGCCAUACAUUUAGUUCAUGUUAGUUAACCAUCAUCAUUAAGUGAAGAAAAAAAAAAGAAUUGUAAGUAACCAUCGAGACGCUAUACAGACUUUUAAAAGAGAAAGAAACUAAAAAAAAAUGCUUGCUUAUGGAAAAAAAAGAAAAGCCAUGUUUUCCGCAAUUUUUUUCAUUUAAUUCUUCAGAGCACAUUACAAAUUCCAAAAAUAUUUUUAAACAAUAAAAAAAACACAACAAAAUGAUUUUAAAAUAACUUAUUAAGUGAAUUCCAAUCGUGGUUUAUUAUUCUUUUAAAAAAAAGCCUACAAAAGAGGUUUUUAUUAGAGAACCAAUAGUUGAGAAGAAGAAAAAAUAAGAAGUUUGAGGCAAAAUGCGUGAAAACUUUUACUUUCAAGCCUGAGGAAUUAAAGAAAAGAAUAAAAAAAGUGUUUUGUCGAAA